AUGCAAUCGACAGGGCUUCGCGCCCUUCUCCAUCCUGCCAUCGCCGCUGCCCGGUUCCAACCCCGAUCUCGAAUCCUUUGUCGAUCAUUCCAGACAUCUUCGACCUGGAGAAAUGCAGGCGCAGGCGCAGGCGCAGGCGCAAACAAUGGCGACAAGCCUCCGAACCAAUCAACAGCUGUAGAGGAUGAGGAUAUACAACCACAAAAUGGCACAGAAAACUUGUCAGGUCGUUCGCGAGUUCGAGCAUCAAGUUCUUUAAAAAGUAGAAUCGCUCGCAAACAGGCCGCUCCCGCACUGCCUCCUGUCAAGCUACCACAAGCCUUCCUCGACAACAAUGUUACCUUGCAUCAUGCUUGGAGGAGACCGCAGCUCCCAAUUGCUCUUUUUGAAGACGCUAAACAGCCCAAGACAUCAUCAAUUUUUGUCGACCCUCAAUCCGCCGAGAAAAACACCCGAGUAACGGAAUCCAACAAGGCACUUGAAGACUACUUCGAUACAACAUUCAGUGCCUUGGUCGAGAAAAUCACAGACCGCGCCAAUGAAAUACUCACAAUCAAGCCCGAAUCCUGCGAAACAGAGGAACUUGUCCAUAAGCUGACAAGCCUGACCCGUGUCUAUGAUAUGUUACUCGACUCUGCAUGGCAUUUGGCCGAUUCACUUUACCCUGCUCGCCAUGCGGAAUACACGUAUACUUCAAGACCAUUCUGGUGGUGGCAUUACUACAAGGAUUUUGACCGACAAACCCAAGAGUUUCGCGACCAGUUCUUGUCGGUUCAGACCAGCCUCGACAGCAUUCUUGACUAUGACUGGAGACUUGACCACUCUUUAUCUCAAGCCAUUGCCGACCUCCCCGUUCUCACAUUCUCCUCCGUGCGAUCCGCUCUCCGUCGCGAACUGACGACACCACCCCCGCCUGAUUCGGAUUCCAAAAAUCUCAAGCGUCAGAUAACUGUCCUGUCCAUGUCGGGUUACAGUGGGCAAGCCAUAUCAGCAGCAGUUGCGGAUCAUGUCGCAUAUUUCAACGACGCCGAUUUGAUCAAACUCAAUGCCCAAGAUCUGUCCGUGGUAGUUGGGGAUUAUCUUGAACAGGACUGGGCUUACUCGCGAGGUUCGCUAUCUCAUGUGGGCUUUCGUGCCGCAGAGAUGAAUGGCAAGCUAUACAAGGACCCUGAUGUUGUAGCACGACCAGAAGAGGAGGAUAAUGACCCUGAUACCGGUGUGAUUAACAUUCGUACAGCAUCAGGUAGUCUUGAAGACGAACUUUCAAAAAUUAAACAGGGUGGCUACGACCCUUUUGGGAAAUGGGAGAACCUCAAGAUUGAUAAAGUUCUGAGUCAGAUCUUAGAAGCCGCUGAGUUGAAGCAGGGCUCACCCCGAGAAAAGCCCCUUAUCAUCCAUAUCCAUGACUUUGUGGAAUUGAGCAUGACUCUCGAGGGUGCAAUGCUGAUAACACGGCUGAGAAGUCUGGUGGAUGUAGCGUGGCGGCAAGGCUCCAAGAUUGCCAUUCUAGGAACAUCAUCGAGCGAACAACCUUCAGAGGAGUACCAGAGUAUGCUUCGAGACAUCUCUGCCAGCGACUUUGUGAUCUCUCGACAUAUCCAUCCUCAGCGCACUCUGAGGCAACCCAAGCCAUCCGGCGGCACACACACGUCAGAGAACCCCUUUCCCCUACAAGAAACAGAUAUCUUUGUGGAGAAUGUGCAAAACAUCAACCGAAUGUUGAAGGCAUUGGGCAGCCAUCAAUUUCUUGACUUUUCUGAUGCGCACAUGAAAAUCUUUAUGCAUGCCACUGACACACGGGCUCAAAUGCUUAAGAAAUCCAUACUUCCUUUACCAGAGGUAUACAAUAUUGCGAGCGCAGCUAAGCGUCACGAAGAAGAGGCAGCUGGUGCUGCUCCGGGAGGCGUAUAUGAGCGUCUUCUCAUGGGCCCCUUACGGCAAAAACCUGGCCAGCGAUACCUCGAUGAGUCAGAACAAGAUGGAAAGUCGGACGGGGAGGAUUCACAGAAGAAGGCGGAAGAUUCACAAUCAGGCAGCCGAGCCGCUCUGAAAUUGAACGAGUAUGAGAAGCGGAUAUCCUCUGGGCACAUCAACCGUCAGAAUUUAAGAACGACGUUUGAAGAUGUUCACGUGCCCAAGGAAACUAUAUCCGCGCUCAAGCUGCUUACAACUCUGGCUUUAGUACGACCUGACGCUUUUUCGUAUGGAGUGUUGGCCCAGGACAAGAUUCCGGGGUGUCUGUUGUACGGACCCCCAGGUACAGGCAAGACGCUGCUUGCAAAGGCCGUUGCUAAAGAGAGUGGCGCAAACAUGCUUGAGAUCAGCGGUGCUACUAUCAAUGACAAGUGGGUUGGUGAGAGCGAAAAGCUUAUCCGUGCUGUUUUCACACUCGCGAAGAAGAUUUCCCCUUGCGUCGUCUUUAUCGACGAAGCCGAUUCCCUGUUAGCCAACCGUAGCAUGCUUGGUGCUCGCGCAUCGCAUCGCUCUCACAUCAAUCAGUUUCUCAAGGAAUGGGACGGUCUUGAAGAGACAGAAGCCUUUAUCAUGGUUGCUACAAACCGUCCCUUUGAUCUUGACGACGCUGUCCUUCGCCGUCUGCCCCGCCGUCUGCUUGUUGACUUACCCCUGCAGUCCGACCGUACUGCCAUUUUCAAGAUUCUUCUCAAAGGCGAAACUCUUGAUUCUGCCGUGUCGCUCGAAGAUCUUGCCAAGCGUACUCCCUACUACUCAGGGUCUGAUCUCAAGAACGCCUGCGUUGCCGCUGCUAUGGCUGCUGUGGAAGAAGAAAACGAGGCCGCCGCGAGACACACCGGCCCUGAACCUUAUGAAUACCCCAAGAAGCGCACAUUGCGCCAGGAGCACUUCGACAAGGCACUGCGCCAGAUCCCGGCCAGCAUCAGCGAAGACAUGCAGUCGCUAAAGCAGAUUCGCAAAUUUGACGAGGAGUAUGGGGCUAAGAAGAAGGGUGCCAAGAAGAUGAUGGGUUUCGGCGUGGGCGCAGAGAAGAAGUUCGCCGAUGCUGAUGAGGUCCGCAUACGUCGCGGUCCAUGA